AUGGAUUCUGACUUGUAUGACGAGUUCGGUAACUACAUCGGACCUGAGCUCGGCUCUGACGAUGAGGAAAAUGAAGACGAUGUCCCCCUCGCUGGAGACGCUGAUGAAGAAGCAGAAGAGGCUGAUGACCAGGUAGUGAUAACUGUUUAG